AUGCGUGUGAUAGACCUGAGAAUCAAGAAUCUCUCCAACAAGAGUUCGCUUCUCAAAAUUAGCGACUAUAUCCUUUACAGUGUAGAAGCUGGCGUGAUCGACAGAGUUGUUGCACAGUACGGCCCAUCAACCAAAGAGGGCGCCAUCGUUGGUGGCCAGACCUCCUGCAAAGCGCCCGAGCUCGCUGCAUUCGAGAAACAUCUGCCUCCUGAUGUAGAAAUCGUAUCAUGCCAUUCAUUGCAUGGUCCCAAAGUGAACCCCGAGGGCCAGCCGCUGGUUUUGAUCCAGCACAGAGCAUCCGAUGAAGCUCUCCAAUUUGUGGACGAGAUCCUCUCGUCUUUUGGAUCUAAGCAUGUUUAUCUCACGGGAGAGAUGCACGAUCGUAUCACCGCCGAUACGCAGGCCGUUACCCAUGCCGCUUUCUUGAGCAUGGGCACGGCCUGGCAGGCGAACAAGCAGUUUCCAUGGGAGAUAUCUCGAUGGGUUGGAGGCAUCGAGAAUGUCAAGAUCAAUAUCACUCUCCGCAUCUACUCGAACAAGUGGCACGUCUAUGCGGGCCUCGCCAUCCUAAACCCUUCCGCAAAGGCGCAGAUUCGACAAUAUGCAGAUUCUGUGACGGACCUCUACAAGCUGAUGAUUGGGGGCCACCGCGAGGAGCUCAAGCGUCGUGUCAAAGCAGCAGGCGCCUCCGUAUUCAGGGAAGGGACAGAGGGACAAGAUUUGCUCCUGAAAGAUGAGGUUCUUGAUCGCUUUUCUUUGUCUAACCAGACCCGGGAGAAAUCACCUCCGAACAGUCACCUCAGUCUACUCGCAAUUGUAGAUUGCUGGUCGCAGCUUGGCAUUGUGCCCUAUGACCACAUGAUCUGCUCCACGCCGCUUUUUCGUCUGUGUCUGGGAGUCACCGAAUAUUUGUUUCGAAAUCCCGAACUUCUAGAGGAAGCCCUUGACAUUGCGAUUGACGACAACACGUUCCGCUCUGACGAUUUGGAAUUCACGUUCGCAGCACGGGCGUGGUCUGAUUGUGUCUCAUUUGGUGACUUUGAGUCCUACCGGGAUCGCUUCGAGCGGAUUGCCCAGUACUUUGCGCCUCAAUUCCCCGAAGCCGCCAAGCUUGGCAACGAAAUGAUGAAGACCAUUCUCGAGAAAACCGAGAAGAGGCCUUGA